AUGGAGGGUUUUGAUGAAGAAGUUGAUUUAGGCAGCCAAAAUGCACAAACUGACGGGCUGAUGAAUUUUGAAUUUUCUGCAGGCCAAACCCAAGAUCAAGACAUCUUCAAUGGUUACUCAGACCGGCCUAAUCCUUUUGAAAGUGAGCAAUCCCACGAUAUAUUUGUCGAUGAAUCAAAAGAUCCUUUUUACGACCAGCCUGAACCAAUUAAAAUAGAUCCAAAUGGGAGACCAGGAGUAAUCCAAGACGCUCCUUUAUCAGUAGAAGAUGCUGAAGAAAUAGAACGUAACAGAUUAAGAGACCAAGAAAACCAAGCCCGAAUGGCAAAACUCUACGCAAAAGAUGAAAAAGAAAGAUCAGCCAAGGAUGCCAAAAGAGCACAAGCCAAACAGGAACUUAAGAAAUGGUAUGAAGAUAGAAAUAAAAUGACAGAAAUGAAGAGAGAUAUGAACAGAGAAGAAGAAACGAUGAAAGCGCAACAGAAAAAGGAGUAUACAGAUGCGACAAGCUGGAAAAAGGUAGCGUCAAUGAUUGAUUUCAAAGAGGAUAGGAAAGAUGUGCAGAGAAUGAAAUCGGUGCUUUUAAGUAAAAAAAAUGAGGGUUAA